UCUGGCCACGCCACCAGACGGCCACACGGGAGAAGCAGAGCAGAGCAGCGCGGCGAGAUGUGGAGCUCCGACUCCGACCCCGACUAUGCAGCCGGCGCCGCCGCGAUGACCACCGCAUCGUCCUCCACCUGCUCAUCCAGCCCGUCAACGCCACCGCUUCCCUCCCCGAGCCAGCCUCCGCCACCACACCGCCACAAGAGCAUUGUGGGCGUGGGUGUGGCCGCGACUGGCUGGGAGGCGGAGGCCGAGGACAGUCCUAGACGGACCCCACUAGCAAUCCCAAUCCAGGAUACAUAUGGCUCCUCUGCCCACGCCACAGCCACCACACGUCCACACGGCCAUACGGGACGUGAGAAGCGAAGCAGAGCAGAGCAGGGCAGCGAGAUGUGGAGCUCCGACUCCGAGCCCGACUAUGCAGCCGGCGGCGCCACCGCAUCGUCCUCCACCUGCUCAUCCAACCCGUCGACACCACCGCUUCCUUGCCCGCCCCAGCCUCCGCCACGCCGCCACAAGAACAUUGCGGGUGUGGCCGCGACGUGCAAGAGGGCGGAGGAGGCCGAGGACGUGUGGCACGGGGCUCGGUGGGAGGCGGUGUGGCCACGGCACCCGAAGCCGGUGGUCGUCGCCGCCGAGGAGACGGGCAGCACCGGCGCCGCGUCGUCACCUUGUGGCGGCGACGGCGUGCGCCGCGCGAGGAGCCUCACCGACGAGGACCUGGAGGAGCUCAAGGGGUGCGCAGAUCUUGGCUUCGGCUUCAGCUACGACGGGAUCCCGGAGCUGCGCGGCACCCUCCUCGCCCUUGAGCUCUGCUACUCCAUGAGCCAGCGGUUCCUCGACCAGCCCCAGGCGCCGCAGGAGCAGGAGACGGCCGCCACGCCGACGACCUCGCCGCCCGUUGCCAACUGGAAGAUCUCCAGCCCAGGGGAUAGCACGGAGGAGGUGAAGGCGCGGCUCAGGUACUGGGCGCAGGCGGUGGCGUGCACCGUCAGGCUCUGCAGCUGAAGGAAUGAAUGAGCAAUCACAAGGUUUCAAUCGUCCAUUGAUGCAUUGUCCCGAUCCAUGGUCCCAUUGAUGCAUUGUCACGGUCGAAGUCGAUAGGUGGAUCCGCUGAUCGAAGCAUGUUUCCUAUGACAUUAUGAGAGAAGUCGAUAGCUUCUCAUCUACUAUCUAGGUAUAGACUCGUGUGAUUCAAAAUAACGUACCUUGUUAUUGGGAGAUUGGAUGGAUAAAUAAAAUGGGUAACUAUUUUUCUCGUAA